AUGCUCCCUGCACUAAGGAUGACAUAUGUUAACAAGGAGAGCUCCGAUGGCACGGUACAUGUCGUCAAAGUCGAAGUCACAGAAUCCGACAAAGCAUAUCGAUAUGGCAAGAUACGACUCGUCCGUGAAUGGCAAAUACCAACGACCAGUCCGACUGUGGAGUACGGUGUUUGGUGUGAGCAUUACAGAGGUGAAUCUGCGAGUACACUCGUUCUCGCAACUAAUCUUGGUCGGAUUAUGGCGCUUGAUCUACGAUACAUGUCGGUCAUUUUCGAGCUUCGUAACCCUGCUAGCCACGGCGCUCCGACCUCGUUCUGCAUGAGCAGAAGACAUGACUGGCUUCUAGUAGGAACAUCUCACGGCGUGCUCGAUCUCUGGGACAUGCGCUUCCACGUUCGCAUACGCUCAUGGACGUUUGCGAAUCCUUCUCCAAUCUCCAGAGUACAACUGCAUCCGAGGCGCAAGUCUUCUAAGAGAAAUCAGUUCUGCAUAACGGGCGGUACUGCUCCUGGUGAGAUGACAGUCUGGGACGCAGAAAAGGGAGUGUGCUAUGAGGUAAUACGCCCAAGUCAUCCUAACGCCAAAGAACGUUUGCACUUAAGAGACUACGAGUUGCGCAAUCUGGAAGACGAAAGAUCCGAGAGUUUGCUAGGCCGUAUCGCUGGCGUGACAGGCGCUGAUGUCUUGAGAGACAAUCACUUGCCUCUUGCAAGCAGCGUCUCUUGGUUCGGAGUCCAACCGUCUUCCAAGGACCCCGAAGCACAACACCCUUUCGCCGUCAGCGGCGGCCCGGAUGGAAAAGUGCGCUUCUGGGACACAGAGCGACUUGAAGGUUGCAGGCUUGUCAAUGGAGGAAGUCCUGAUGACAAACCGGUCUAUACAUUCAGUAAUUUGAGCAUGGACAUACGUGUCCUGUCUGAAAAGCCGGCCGAAAGUGGUGUCCAGGCUGGAAAUCCCAUUGAGUCGAACAAGGUGGCUUCGAACACAUCAGCAGCAAAGCGGGCUCUUGCGGCUGGGACGAGCAGACCGCCAUCGAGGUAUGAGACCAUUCAUCGGCAACUCGUCGGUGGCCUCUAG